GCUUGUUCCGGGGGGGGUCGAAGAUGGCGGCGCCGGAGGCCUCGCUGCGGACGGGAGGGUAGCGCGGAGUUGGGCGCUCACGGCGGAUUGAGUAGCGGCCGCCGGAACGACGAGACGCCCCGGGAGGGCCCGUGCUCUGGCGCCCUCUGCCUGCGCCCUUUGGGAAAGCACAAACAAUCUUCCUCUCGGCAAACCCGAACCUAAUAUGGCAAAUCAGUAGAAGCAAUGCACAUGAAGCUUUCAUCUCAACCUGUCAAAAAAGACAUAGUCUCCACUACGUUGUUAAAUGAAUUCCGUGUCACCCACCUCAGUCCAGUACUUAAGCCAGGAAGAGUUGCACCAUACAGAUGGAAGGCAGUUUUUUAAUCCCAGAGCCAGCAGCCAAGGGGGGAGCUAUCCAGGUCUUUUCCCCAGAAGUGCCACCUGCAGCCAGUAUAGUGAACCUGAUGAAGUGGACAAGAUCAAGAGCAAGUUCCUCUCUACCUGGAACAAUAUGAAAUAUGGUUGGAGUCUCAGAAUCAAAACCAAUUUCAGCAAGAUUUCCCCAGUCCAUCUCUUUGGACGUGUCUAUCACUUUGGAGAAGAGGAGGAUGUGGAGCGCUUCCAGAAAGACUUUGCCUCUCAUAUCUGGCUGACUUACCGUCGAGAUUUCCAGCAGCUGGAAGGCACCGUGUGGACCACGGAUUGUGGCUGGGGCUGCAUGUUGCGCAGUGGGCAGAUGCUGCUCGCCCAGGGCCUCCUUGUCCACUUUCUCAGCAAAGACUGGACCUGGUCAGAUGCCCUUAUCACUACCAAUUUGACAGAUAUGCAGCCCAUGAAAGCUGCCUCUCUGCCCUCUCCCAGCAUCUCCAAUCUGCACCAAGCUUCACCCAUCCCCACUAAGAGGACCAUAGGCCCCUGGGAAUUGUGGGCUCAUCAGCAUACCUGCAGAUCUGAUGAACUGGAGAAGGAAUGUUACCACCGUAAGAUUAUUUCUUGGUUUGCAGAUCAGCCACAAGCACCCUUUGGGAUUCACCAAUUAGUUCAUCUUGGGCAUAAUUCAGGGAAGAAAGCUGGAGAUUGGUAUGGCCCUUCUGUUACUGCCCACAUCCUCAGAAAAGCCGUGGACUGCUCCAUAGAAGCAGGCAACCUGGUAAUCUAUGUUUCUCAGGAUUGCACAGUGUACAAAGGGGAUGUGGCAAACCUAGCCAAGAAGAAUAGCAGCAGGACCCUGUGGGAUCCUGAGGCCGAAUGGAAAGCAGUCAUCAUCCUGGUGCCCAUGCGGCUGGGUGGAGAGACUUUUAAUCCUGCCUACGUGGACUGCAUCAAGGACCUGCUGAAAUUAGAUUUCUGCAUUGGAAUCAUUGGAGGAAAACCAAAACAUUCACUGUACUUUGUCGGAUAUCAAGAUGACUUCUUGUUAUACUUGGAUCCCCAUUACUGUCAGCCUUUUGUGGAUACCACUAAGGAGAAUUUUCCUGUAGAGACUUUCCAUUGUAACUACCCUCGAAAAACAUCAUUCACAAAGUUGGAUCCCAGCUGUACUAUCGGGUUCUACGUACGGGACAGAAUGGAAUUUGAACAUCUCUGCUUGGAUUUAACUCGGAUCCUAAACUAUGCAGCUGCCAAAGAAAAAUAUCCCAUGUUCUCGGUUGUGGAGGGCUGCGCUCAGGAAUAUGGUUUGGAGAUGUCUGCCCACUUUGCCCAGCGACCCGUACAAGUCCAACGGCACAGAAUACACAAGCCCUCAGCGGAGGAAUUUGUCGUCUUGUGAUUGCUGGUUAGCCAGACCCACCACCUCAGGCUUCCUUUUUUUAUUUAUGUAGAGGGUGUAGGCUUGAAAUAGAGCUGCGUUUCUUAAGUCCAGAAAAGAAAUAGGAGAUAAAGCCGUUGCCUUUGCUUCUCUGCCCUUCUAUGGUACCUCAGCUGUUCCUUACGGGAGGAGACCCUGCAAGAAAAAUUACCUUGGGUCCCCUCAGCCCAUAUGGGGACCGAUUCUCACCUUUCCUUAGGCAGCUAACAGGAAGUCAUGACACUGGAAUGAAGCUACUGAAUGAGAAAAAAGGGCAUUUAGCACUGACAGCCUUGACCUUUUCUGAGUAGAAACAGUCAGAUGAGGAUUAUGAAGGCGACUGUUUGUUAACUUCUGUCUUUCCUGCUGACACUGAGCACCAGCCUGAAAACAAGAGCUUCCUCUUCGUCAGCUCUGGACUUGUAGGCCCUUAAAAGGAAGGAAGAAAAGGAAGAGAACAGUGUGGUCUCUUUUUAAGUUGCACUCUGGUGCAAAUGGAGGGAAGACCCUGUGUUGAUUUCAGUUUAAAGGCUGAGGAUUUCUUCAAAGAGCCAUUCGUUGAGCAACUGAAUUGGGGAAAACAAGAGAAGUAUAAAACGGAGUGGCUGCUAAUAUCUUUGUUGGCUUGAAUAAACAAAACUGUCAUAACAUAAAUAAAGAACUGAAGGGCUUAUAUUCCUGUGUGUGACGUGGGAGGGGCUACGUGUGGGUAUCAACACAGCCUGAUUGGUCCAGAGACUGAAGGAAUUUCUUAGCCACACCUCUUUCUUCCCUAUGGCUCCCAGUUUUCCUUCAGUCUUUGGUCCAAGCAGACUGUGUUGUUGUUUUUUGGCUCCUGCUUGUACUAUUAAAGUUAACUAAUUGGAUAUUUUAAAUUACCUUAGCUGCUGAUUGUAAAGGAGCCGUUUUUUCAUUGCCACUGGAGGGGUGAAGAGCUAGAUUGUCGUUUGGAGGGCAUCUCUCAGGAUUAUCUUCCCCGGCCCCCCGAUUGCCUGGUCCCUGGGAUUUCGGGGGUGGCAGGCUCCUCUUUGCAGCUCAUCGGGAGAGGCUGCUCCAGCGAGGGACAGAAGAACUCCCUGUACUACUACUUCUCUCCACACUUCUUGCUGUAACAUUUUAUACUAUAAAUAUGAAAUCAUUUCUAUGGCAUGUUACCAUGGAAUUGGUAGAAUUCUUCAUAACACUAAUUCUUCCUUUCCACUGCUUUCUGGAAUUCCUCAGAAACACUUGCUUAAUCCAGUUUCCGUGCAGACCUAUCUCCUUUCCCUGUUUCAUCCGUGAACUCAGGGAUGUAAAUCAAGAAUGAUUCAGAC